AGCAUAUAAAUUCAUCACAUUAUUCCUUAAGCUCACACAACACAAGCUCAUCACUGCUUCGAGUAACCGCAAAGUCAAUCUUAACCCCAAAAGAAAAAACACCACCACCGCCUCAUCACCAUGUCUUGUGAUUUUUCUUCACUGGAAUCCAUUCAACACUUUCUGUUGCUUGAACAUGAUUCAAACAACGAAACCUGCUAUUCACCCUCUGACAAUCCAUUUCCAAUCCAAGAUUUCGACUCUAGUGAUGGAUCUUCGCAGGAUACCAAUAACUCUAGUCCAUCAGGGUGCAAAAAGGGUUCCUCUGCAGAGGCGCGUUCAUCACACGCGCCGCCAGCUGAAUGGAAGCGGUUCAGGGGCGUGAGGCGUAGGCCGUGGGGAAAGUUCGCGGCGGAGAUAAGAGAUCCAAAGAAGAACGGUGCUAGGGUUUGGCUUGGAACUUAUGAGACUGAAGAGGAAGCGGGUCUAGCUUAUGAUAGAGCUGCUUUCAAGAUUCGUGGCAGAAAAGCCAAGCUCAACUUUCCACAUCUCAUCGGCUCCGACACGCAGCCGGAGACGGCGAGUGUGGUGGAAGCUUUCAAGCAGAACUCGCCAGAGCCUCUUUCACCGGCUUCUUCGGAGGAUGGUUUGGAGUAUUCACCAGGGUCAAAGAAGAGGAAGAACUUAGUUGGUGUGUUGAAUAGGUUAGCCAAACAUAGAAGCCAAGUGCAGGUGUUUGAUAUGGGUUCAAGUGCAAAUGAUGUCAUGAAUGUUGAUCAAUGGUGGGAUAAUCAGUCCAACUGGUGCUCAUAAGCUUCCCACUAUGUUUGUUUGUUUGCUAGGAGUUUUUUUUAAUGAUUUAAUUAGGAGUUUUUUUUAAUUGAUUUUUAAAUACACCGCUUUUGAUGAAAUUGAAAGGGUGAUGUUUGCCACUACCACUUCAACUUAAUAUUAUUUAAUGAAUCAAAACAGUACUUCUAGUUUUGCUUCUUGUA